AGAAAAAUACUAGACAGUACGGUGGCGUUUUUUAUUCAUCAAGAAACAUGAAAGCCUCCAUGGAACUUAAGCCGGACCGAGAUUUGUUAAAUCCGAAUUUCGAGGGUUACAAACUGUCAUUGGACAAACAGCCAAUAUAUACAUCGAAUUUAGAAAAUGUUCUGUAUGCUGUGGAGCUUCAAGACGACCAGUUCUCCUACCACCAUGCCAAGCUGUUGGGGAACCAUAACCACCUGAUGGUGGACCCCUGGGUCAGAGACAAUGUCUACUUGGUGGACAAGCUCUGGAAUGUGAGACACAGCCUGACAACAGACACUUCUGUCAGUGUCAGCCCACCUGUGUAUAGGAUUCCUGAUGCAGACGACAGACAGCUGGUCCCCAGCCACUACGCAGUGCGUGUUCACUUCCUGUCAGCUGACCUGGUUGUCAUAGGCGACGGUGCAGGGCGGGUACACAUUAUAGAGACAGGGGACCGACAGACCGGGAACGAUGUUCCUUGGAAGACGCUUUUGACGAAGACUAUUCCGGGAGAAGGAACGCCCUCUCUGUUGGUGGACGGGGUGUACUGGAUUGAGAAUGAAGCUCACAGAGUGGAGUGUAUCCUCUCUCAUGUUACCGAGGCAACGGCUGAGCAGAAGGACAAAUAUGAGAGCCAGUAUCUCACCAUGAUUGAGUGGGCCACCUUCACUUCAGUGGACAGGAAGAGUUGGUGCCUGGAGCGCACCAGACAGCUGCUGAGCAGGAAACCAUUCCAUUAUGUGGCCCUGGGUAGGGAGGGUCAGUCCAUUACCAUAGCCGGGGAAGCGGACUUUGUGUUCACCAUUGAUUCGGAGCAGCCGGUGGUCAGCGAUGAAGAGAAAGAGGUGGAGAAACCGGUCAUCAAGCCUCCAGACUACACAUGGUAUCAGACAGACGAGGACGUCAACGUGCAGUUCACUGUUCCAGAGGGCGUGUCCAACAAGGACAUCUACAUGACCUUGACCUUCAACCACGUGGAGUUCGGGGUCAAGAACAGGGCGCCGGAACUACUGGUGGGGGAUCUCUGUGGUGAGGUGGACGUGGAAGGCUCAACAUGGACCAUGGAGGGAAGGAGGGUGGACCUGUAUCUGAUUAAGAAAUCUAGUGGCCCCUGGCCCCUGGUUGUCAAGGGUGACACGCGGGGGGAGAUGGUGCUCAACCCUGAAGACGUGGCGUCCAUACAUGAGAGACUGGCACACCUCACCUCCGACCAAUGGAAUCCAUGCCCAGAAAAGGCUGGUAAUCGCCCUUUCAACACCCAGCAGCUGGAGGAGUGUGACAUGUACCCUGACGACGACUCCACCCUUGUCCGCCUCCAUGGCAACACACACAAGGUCACACAUAAGGCAGGGCUAGGCAGCCACCAGUGGUUGUUCAACGUCUCUGGUCCCCUCAACUCCUCGCCCCAGAUCUGCCUGAGACACGACGUGGAUGGGUUGCUAUGGGAACAAGAGCAGGGGUCAGGUGACAUGCAAUUCAAACACACCAGCACGUUCAACGCAUUCGGAUAUGUGCAGGCCUCAAAGCAGCAGAGAAAGUUUUCCUUGUGUCCACCCGACAGAUCCUAUGUUGUGAUAUGUGACAACUCGCGACAUUUGUACUUGUACAGGCAGGCUUUCACAGUGUCGACCCCACUACGCAACAGGAAGACUGGUCAAGAGGUGAAGGUCGUUGCUAAGCAGCAGGUGGUUGCCUUGGAUACCAAUGAUAAUAUUCUGGGAGUGGUAGCAAACAAUGAGAGAAUCUAUGUCACCACAUUGAAUAAACUUUUUAUGGUAAAGAUUUCUUCAUAGGCGUGACAAACUGGUGCAAUGUGAACAUUUGUAUUAAAUGUAGUAUCAAAUACUAUAUCUGAUAAGCUGCAUUGUUUGUAUACUACAGUGUUUUAUGCUAAAAUGCUACAUAUUUGUGUGGGUAUAUAAAAGAUGAUUACUGCACCAAUAUGACCUAUAAUAAACUGCAACUUGAAGAGUUAGUAUAAAUAGUACUAACUUAGUAAAAAGUGUUCUGAACAUGAAGUGCAGUUUCAGUGUGGCACACUUAACUUUCAGCAAUUAACAAUGUGCGUUAAUUGGUGUUUUAUUACACUCAUUUGUACUAACAAUAACAUUAAUCAGGUGCACAUACAGUGUUAUUGUAUGCCUGAAUUCUGUGAGCUUGUUAAUUUGCAUUUCAUUAUUUUUAGCUCCACUGGCCAGAGGCCAGCGGGGCUUAUGUCAUGGUCCUGUGUCCGUCGUGUGUGCGUCCGUGCGUUAACUUUUUCUUUAAACAUCUUCUUCUCCUAAACUACAACUCCAAUUCUGAUAAAACUUCUAAAAAAUGUUCCUGGGGUGAACCUCUUUCAAAUUUGUUCAAAUUAUGCCCCUGGGGUUCAAUAAAUUAAACAUAUGCUAAUAUAAAACCUAUUUUGUGCAAACUUUCAAAAUCUUUUUGUCCAUAACCAUUUGGCCUAGUUCUACCACAUUUGGUAUGUAGUGACAUUUAAUAGUUCUCUACUUUGUUUGUUCAAAUUAUGCCCCUGGGGUCAAAUUUGACCCUGCCCCGGGGGUCACAGAAAUGAACAUAUGCUUAUAUAAAGCCUAUUUUGUGCAAACUUAAAAAAUCUUUCUGUCCAUAACCGUAGGGCCUAGGGCUACCAAAAAAAAAAAAAAAAAAAAAGACAUCUGAUAGUUCUCUACUUAGUUUGUUCAAAUUAUGCCCCUGGGGUCAAAUUUGACCCUGCCCCGGGGGUCACAAAAUUGAACAUAUGCUUAUAUUGGGCCUAUUUUGUGCAAACUUUAAAAAUCUUUCUUAUUCAUAAUUAUAGAGCCUAGGGCUACUAAAUUUGGUAUGUAGUGACAUCUAAUAGUCCUCUACCAAAUUUGUUCAAAUUAUUACCCUGGGCUUAAAUUUGGCCCUGCCCCGGGGGUCACAAAACUGAACAUAUGCUUAUAUAAAGCCUCUUUUGUGCAAACUUUAAAAAUCUUUAUGUCAAUAACCGUAGGGCCUAGGGCUACCAAAUUUGGUAUGUAGUGACAUCUAAUAGUUCUCUACUUAUUUUAGUUUGUUCCAAUUAUGCCCCUGGGGUCAAAUUUGACCCUGCCCCGGGGGUCACAAAAAUGAACAUACGCUUAAAUAAGGCCUAUUUUGUGUAAACUUUAAAAAUCUCUUGUCCAUAACCACAUGGCAUAGGGCUACCAAAUUUGGUAUGUGGUGACAUCUAAUAGUCCUCUACCAAGUUUGUUCAAAUUAAGCCCCUGGGAUCAAAUUUGACCGUUCCCCAGGGGUCACAAAAUUGAACAUAUGCUUAUAUUGGGCCUAUUUUGUGCAGACUUUAAAAAAAUUUCUGUCAAUAACCAUUGGGCCUAUUUCUACCAAAUUUGGUAUGUAUUAAAAUCUUAAAGUUCUCUACCAAGUUUUUUCAAAUUAUGCCCCUGGGGUCAAAUUUGACCAUGCCCCGGGGUCACAAAAAUGAAUAUAUGCUUAAAAAAGGCCUAUUUUGUGCAAACUUUAAAAAUCUUGUUCAUAAUUAUAGAGCCUAGGGCUACUAAAUUUGGUAUGUAGUGACAUCUAAUAGUCUUCUACCAAAUUUGUUCAAAUUAUUCCCCUGGGCUCAAAUUUGACCCUGCCCAGGGGGUCACAAAACAGAACAUAUGCUUAUAUAAAGCCUCCUUUGUGCAAACUUUAAAAAUCUUCCUGUCCAUAACCAUUGGGCCUAGGGCUACCAAAUUUGGUAUGUAGUGACAUCUUAUAGUUUUCUACCAAGUUUGUUCCAAUUAUGCCCCUGGGGCCAAAUUGAUCCCUUGAAGGCUCCCAUUAAAAAGUUGUUCAAGAAAAUUUGAUUUGUCAAAAAACAUGCCCACAGGAAGUCGUUGAACUUUGCAUGUUUAUGCGUUUUUGCUAUUUAUUAAUUAUGAGAUGAAUAAACUAUUUUCUUCUCAAACUAAAAGUUUAUCAAAAAACACAUGAAAUAACUUUUUAACUAUAAGACAGGGCUCGACAUUAACUUUUGAAGCCACUUGUCCGGUCGGACAAGUAGACCAAAAUUUCACUUGUCCUAACCAUUAUAUCUUAUUCUGCUCAGUACUUUGCAAAAUAAUGAAAUUAUACAAAAUGCUCAAAUCAUGAAGACUUUAAUCGUUCAAAAUACAUGUUAACAUAAUUGUAGGCAAUUUCAAUACAAAAAGAACUGACUAGAAUAACAGGAAAACUCGAGAUUAUUGAUUUUUAAACAUACAAAGCCAUAAUACCUGACAAAAACUUGUGAUUUUGAAGACGAAAAACCAAAGGAAAGCAGAUUAAAAAUUUUUAAGCAGACGACUUUGUACGAAUGAGAACAAACCACAAAUGGGAAUGAUGUUGUAAAAUCAUUCUAUACAUAGAGAUGACGUCACUACGUUAAUUGUAUGUAAGAUCGGUGUGUACCGGUGUCGUAAAAUGCAUAUUCUUUACAAGGAGAAUAUUGUUAUAAUCUUGGCAAAGAAAAAUGUUAAGGGUUGCUUCCCUUGUGAACAGUACGGUGUAGUGUCACAUGGAACUAUCGGAAUAUCUCGUGCUUUGUCGUUUAAACGUAAACAAAAUAUAAUCGAAAAAGUUUUGUGGUAACUCCACAGAAAUAACGGAUUUAAGGGCAUUUUUUCUAGGUAAUUAAAUUAUAAUGACCACUUGUCCCGUCGGACUAACAAAUUCUUUAUUUACUUGUCCGGACUAACAAUUUGGUUGUCCCAGACAGUUGGACUACCGUUAAUGUCGAGCCCUGUAAGAGAUAAAUAUAUGUCAUUAACUAUAUAAGUAACAGAAACUUUGAAACCUACAAACACUUUUUGGAAUUUUGGAAAAAGAUUCAUGAUUGAAUGAAGGAACUUUUAUUAAUCUUGUAGAACAUGCGUAGAUUUGAUCUUCAGCAUCUAAAAAUAUGUGAAAUAGAAAGAACGACAAUAUCUUUUGGAGAGAUAAAUGUACCUACGUUUUAAGCAAAGGACCUGUGCGACAAUUCCCGGGCUUUUUAGUCUGUUUAGUUAACACCGUAGUAACGUUUUUCAUAUAUAAAAAUGCUCACCCUCCCAACUUUGAGGGCCCAUUGGGACGAGGGAUAGAAAGAGAAAGUCACAUGCUUGAGUACAUUUCAACCCAUGCGCAUUGCACGCUUUUUUCGCAUAAAAAAAACAGUGGAGCGAUACAGGGCCAUCAUGGCCCUCUUGUUUAAGAAUUUGAACAAUGUCUGUUUUCAGACAUACCAAGUUCUAAGAACUACUUCAUUUUCAUUUACUUCAUGUUAAAGACUGGCAUUUUUUCAUAGCACAGUGUUAGGAUCAUCAAAAUUAUGUUGUGGUUAUUUAUCCAUUUUAAUUUCUAAUUAUUGCCGAAAUCCACAAAUACAAAUCAUGGUGAAUUUUA